ACGUGUUUUGAUACCCAAACUCCUUCGGAAUUGCGCUGUUUCUGUCGCUGUAUUCUGUAAACAAUGGAAGACUUAAACGAAACGGAGAUAAUGCAUAAAUUAGAAAAUUUAAAGGAAAUAAGGUCGAAGACCAUAAAUCUUGAGCGCAUCAAGAGCAAGCUUCGACAAGAAUUUGACUCCACGGAGAAUGAAGACAGACUUAUAGCGGACUAUAAGAAGGAAAUGGAGCUGCUGCUGCAAGAGAAGAUGGCACAUGUGGAAGAACUGCGCUUGAUUCAUGCUGACAUAAACUUGAUGGAGACGACAAUCAAGCAAGCCGAGGAGGAACGUAAUCGCUCUCUGGAGAAUGCCAAGCUUCUGUAUGAUGACUACAAGCCUCUAAAGGAUGAGGUUGACCUCCUGCGCAGGCGAAUUGGACUGGAGCCCUUGCUGGAUGUGCAUGAUGAGGAAGAGAAGAUCUCUCCUCAAUACUUUGACCGCCCAAAGCAGGAGUUCCAACAUGAACCUAACACGACAUCAGUGCCGGAGCCCCAGCCACCCGUGAUACAGAUGAGCCCUCAGGCCCCACCCCCCAUGCAGGUGCAGAUCCAGAGGGCCAAGCCCCCUCCAGAACCCCCGAGGCAGGCCUUCAGACAACAGCCACCUCCCAUGAAGGCAUGUUUGUCAUGUCACCAGCAAAUCCACAGGAACGCACCAAUCUGUCCCCUAUGCAAAGCCAAGAGUCGAUCUCGCAAUCCAAAAAAACCAAAGAGAAAACUAGACGAGUAGAUAAGUUAUGUUCGACAUGAACUUCAUUUUUUAUCUGUUGAACUGUAGUUUUAGAGUUCAUAAAUAUUUAGACAUAUACCUAGCUUAUGAUGGACAAUGAAUUUCACAGAAAAAAAUCAAAGAGAACUUAGAUAUUGUAGUAAGUAGAUAGCAUUCUAGCUUAAAUAUCAUGAAAACUUUGGAUAAUUUACUGGUAGUAAAAUCUAGAUCUUUUUAGUGUAUGUAGCAGUUAUAUUCUCUUUCCACAAAAUUUUACUUCAUAACUUUUAGGCAACUAUGAUAUAAUGUGUUCCAUAUUAUAAAUAAACAUUAUGUUAGAUUCAAGCCAGUAUUAAGUACUGAACAUAUUUAAUUUCUGUUUUGAUGUUGGAAAAUACUUUUGUAUUUGUUUAUUUUAAGUGUGUUAAAUCUUGUAUAUUUAAACUUUAUUAAAAAACCAUUCCAUGUCAUUUUAUUUGGUGCUAUAAAUAUCUACAUCAUUUUGUUGUUUGUCAGAAUUCCAAAAGAAAUUAGCAUGUGCAAUAAUGACGUAACAUGGUUUUAUAAACUCAUUAAAGAAUGUUAAGUAUUUGCUAUGCUCCAUGUAUAGGUUUCGAAAGCUUAAAAUAGCAAUAGGGCGUUUGUUAAUGAUUAAAAAUUUUGUAAUUUGUUAUUGUACUCAUUGUUUCCAUACACCAAAUCUUAGUUUUAAUUAUCCCCUGCCAUAGGCGGAGGGAUAUUGUUUUGGCGUUGUCCGUCUGUCCGUCCAUCCAUCUCUUCGGUCUGGCUCUUCUGUGUCCGUAGCCAUAUCUUCGAAGUGCUUUGGCGGAUUUCAUUGAAACUUUGUAUGAGUAUAUAUAUAUAUGGAUAAAAGGAUGAUGUACGCCAAAUGACAUUGUUCACCAUGUGUUAAUAACGGAGUUAUGGCCCAUUGUAUCUUGAAAAAAUGCUUUUUUAAUAUAAGCUUAGAGCUUUAUCUCCAUUAACACGAGUCAUAGCCAUGAAACUUGCCAUAGAUGUUCUCAAUCAUCUGGGGAUGCUUCGCAUUCAACACCCAUAAUCCUAGCAACUAAGGUCAAGGUCACACAUUGAGGUCAAAGGUCACAAAUUUGAUGAAUUAUUCAUUAUUUAGUCAUUACAUGUACUAUGCAUCACGGGAUUCUGUAAUAACUGUCCAUAAUUGUUCUCCAUUAUCUAGCUGAGUGUCAAAAAUAAGAUCCAGGUUGCUAGAGUCAUGGUCAAAGUCACAUACAAAAGUCAAAAUCACACAUUUUGAUUAAAUAUGCCUUAUUUGGUAAGGAUUCUACCGUACUAAAAUGGAUUCUCAAAAUGUCCUGAUGUAAUUGUUCUCAAUUAUCAGGCAGUGCAAGACCUUUGUGUUUUUGACCAAGGUCAAGAUCACACAUCAAAGUUCACACAUUUGUAGGAAAGGUCACACAUUUGUUGAAAUAUUUAUUAUUUGGCCAUUAUUUUACUAUGCAUCAGUGGAUUCUGUAAUAACCUUCCAUAAUACUUCUCAUGGCGGAUGUUGUGUUCACUCUGCAACACUCUGAAAAUUUGGUGUAUAUUAAGAUUGAAUGUUUUUGUGGAAAAGGCAAGACUGUUUAAUUCACCUAAAUAAAUAUUGAAUGCUCGAGAACCCUCAUCUGUCUUAGUUUUGAGUUAUUGUCCUUUGUUAUUUUUGUAUGUUGUUACUUUUUUGGGCAAUAACUUGGUAUGUAAGAUUUCUAUUUAAGAAAAUGCUCAUUACAAGCAACUUCUCCUUUUGUCAUGAUACUAUCAAUGUUAAUUGAUUCAUGAAAAUAUACUAUUUGCAUUUUAUUGUCUGCAAACCCAUCACAGGUACAAAUGAGUUAAAAAAAAAUUGACAAAAGGCACAACCCUUCACUUAUACCUUUUCUUAUAGUCCUAAACCCAUCCAUAAACAAAAUUUAUUUGGCGGGGGAUAUCAAUUCAACGAAUUUGCUUGUUGAUUAUGUAUUUCAAUAAUGAUUAAAAGCUUUAUAGGUUCAAUAAAAAUCAAUCAUUUCAGAAUUUAUAAAUGUUCUCAACUUAUGCAUUUUGAAAUUUGCUUGCAAUUGAAUCCUGUAUUAUUUUGCUGCCACUUAGCAGUUGGCAAUGAGUGCAAAGGUGAACCAAGGUCAGAUAUAAUUAUUCAAUGUGUGUUCAUUUUAAUUAAUUUAAGCAAACAUUCAUACCAUUGAAAGUAUUGUUUAACCCAUUUAUGCCUAGCGUCUAGAAAAAAGGCAUUGGCAAACAGCGUAGACCCAGAAGAGACGCCGCAUGUUUGCUUAAAGGAAUUUCUGUAAGAAAUAUUUUAAACAUAGAAAUAAAUAUACUAGACAUCCCUAAUUUUGGAAAUAAAUUGAUCCAAUUUAGAAGGAUGGGAGAGUGCACUAGGCACAAAUGGGUUAAAUUACUAUCAGCAACAUAUUACUUUGAUGACUAAUUGUGUUAACAGUUUGUUAUUCUGAUUGCUUAAUGGCGGUACUCAUAAUCAUUGUUUUUAUUUGGAUUUUGAUUUUUUUAUGACUCCCAUUAUACGUGAUUUAUGUUCAGAACUAAAAUGUUAAUUUUGAAUGUGUUUUAAAAAACAAUGUAUUUUGAAGACAUAUCUUACAUAGUUUUCUAUUUUAUAUUCUGUUUAUAAAGAAAACUUUAAAAUUUAAGAUCUGACCAUACAUACAUGUAUACACAUAUGUUUGUAUGUUCGUAAUUUCUACAUUUGUUUUACUUUUGCUUUUAUCAGCAUUUUUUUUUACCAUUUAAUUGUUUGUCUUUAUUUGGUAGACUUGUAUAAACAUUUAGUUGUACGGAAAUUAAAAUAACAGGGUAAAUUUGUCUUCUUAUUAAUAUUUCAACAUUACAGCUUCUUGCCAUGCUUGCAUAGAUAAUUAUUCAAUGCAUUUCAAAUUGACAUAAGAUUUUAUGUAUAUUAAUUUAUAAAAAAAACUACCUUUAUAAAUGCAUGGAUUAAUGUGUUUGUUAAUGUACGAUCCGCUUUACUCCAGUCAUCACCGGCUAGUGCAUGCAGAAACCAUAUUAUACAAAGUUAGAAAAACUUUUUUUAAAUUUUUAAGUUAUGUAAGAUGAUAAGGACAUGUACAAAAUGAAUGGCGAUUUUUUACCCUCAAUAUAGACGCACAAGUUUGAAAAUGAUUAUGUUUGUUCAUCAAAACAAAUAUAUACUAGUAAAAAUGGAAACAAACUAAUAAAGUGCCAAAGAAGUAUUUUUCAUUUCACGAUCGUAGUGGGAUUCAAGCUCACCACUACAGAAAUCACGCAUUUCAAUGGAAAUAUUUACAACCCAACACUAGUGUUAUUACCCGGUAAUAGUGCGCAUAGCAGCACAUAUGCACUAAACACUUUCACUACUCCUGAUAAUCUUGUCCCCACAUGUCCGGGAGACAGUUUUUAUGAUCUUGAGAUAAUUGUUUUAAUAAUCUAUUUUACAAAAGAUGUGUAUGAAGCAAUCAUUUAAUAAGAUUUUUUUAUUUAUUUUGAGCUCACCUGAGCACAAUGUGCUCAUUUUGAGCUUUUGUGAUAAUCUUUUGUCCUUCGUCGACAUUUACCUUAUGAACAAUUUAGAGGCCACAUUUAUUUCCCAAAUCUUCUUGAAAUUUAGACAUAACAUUUGUCCAAAUGAUAUCUCAGCGAGUAUAAAACUGGGUUAAAUGCCUGUCCGACAUAUCUCUUCAGAUUAUAAAUACGCUGCUGACAUUCUCUUUUUGGAAAGUUAUUUGCUUAUGUUAUUGGCUUUUUGCUGUUUCCACUUCUUGCCUUUGUGAUUUAACUGCCUCCUGAGGCACAUGUAUUUGACGUGUGUAAGUUAAAGUUAUAAAUAAAUGUAAACACUGUUUGCUUAUGCUGUAAUUUAGAUUUGGAAAGCGUAUUGUAACUAUUUGCUUCUUAGUUCUUUCAUCCAAUUUUGACAUCAACGGAUUUCCUAUUAUAGACUUUUCUACAGAAACGUUUGCAAUUACUUACUUGCUGGUGUAGCCUUGCGUUCUGUCAACUAAAAUCUUGAAAUUAAUAAAAUGCAUAUUUAAUUGAUGAUAAGUCAUUUUGUUUAACAUAUUAUUAAUAAAUAAACUUUAAGUAUA